AUACUAAAAGCCAAAAUGGCUGCCCCAAGGAAGCCCGCACCGCGCAGCUAGUGAGGACUGGGUAACAAGCUUCUGCGGGAAGGGGGGAGGGGGGCUAGAGGAAGAGCCGUCGCCAGGACCAUCGCCCCCUGAGCCGCACAGGUUCUGGUUACAGCUACCCCUCGCCAUAACUUUUGAACUAUAUUUGGAAAAAUACUGGCCAGAAACAAAAAAUGAUAAAAUUUUUCCUCAUGGUGAAUAAACAAGGGCAGACACGACUUUCUAAGUACUAUGAACAUGUGGAGAUUAAUAAGCGUACGCUUCUGGAAACAGAAGUCAUAAAGAGCUGUCUCUCUCGAUCCAAUGAACAAUGCUCUUUCAUUGAAUAUAAGGAUUUUAAGCUGAUAUAUCGGCAGUAUGCAGCUCUCUUCAUUGUGGUCGGAGUUAAUGACACUGAGAAUGAGAUGGCAAUUUAUGAAUUCAUCCAUAACUUCGUGGAAGUUUUAGACGACUACUUCAGCCGAGUGAGUGAAUUAGAUAUAAUGUUUAAUUUGGAUAAAGUACACAUCAUUUUGGAUGAGAUGGUGUUAAAUGGCUGCAUUGUGGAAACGAAUCGGGCAAGAAUUCUUGCCCCUCUACUAAUUCUUGAUAAGAUGUCAGACAGCUAGCUGAAAACAGAAAGGCCCUGCCAGACAACAUCGACUUACAGGAAAUGAGGACACCAUGGAAUACCUCUCAACAUCACUAGCCCAAAAGAAUCUGGAAGACCAAACACUGCAAAAUGGGCUGUCCUUCCAAAGACAUUUAAAAUAGGUGUUUUUCACAGUUCCUAAACGGAAAACAAAACUGUAUUUUAAAACAUGAUGCACAAAGAAAAUUAUUCUCUAAACGGAGAGACAAGUUUUAUUUUCUGAACAUAAGCAUUUUUUUUCUCACUUGUUUAGAUUUUGUGGAGUACUGAGGGAAACUCUUUUGGUCUCUGCUUCCCUUUACAAAGGGAUAAAUUCAGGAACAGCAUCAUGUGGUGGGAAGAAAAUGUGGCACCUCUCUAUUGGCCAAUAAACUUUUAAAAUUGACUUGAACAUGCAGAGCACUUUGAAUGAAUGCUAUCUUUUUCUUUAAAAA